GGGAUGGAACCGUCCCUACCGCACUGAACAUUUCCAGGAGCGUCGGCGAUAGGGAAGCACUGCGGCCACAGUGCACCUCCACGGACAGACGUGCGAAACUCAACACGCAUACAAAAAAAGCAAAACUUCUGCUUAUAACACUUCCGUGAUCAAAAUGGCUGACUCUAUGCAACCGGGCAACGAAGGCGACGGUGCUGAGAAUAUGAGAGGUUUUGCCAGGCAAGACACACUGAGGCAGAAGAAAGUCCAUGAAGUAAACAAUCACAAGUUUGUCGCCCGUUUGUUGAAACAGCCGACCUUCUGCAGCCACUGCACGGACUUUAUCUGGGGAUUCGGAAAACAAGGAUACCAGUGUGAAGAAUGCCGCUUUGUGGUGCACAAGCGCUGCCAUGAAUUUGUCUCCUUCUCCUGUCCUGGAGUAGAUAAGGAUCCUGCCUCAGAUGACCCCGAGAGCAAGCACAAGUUUGAGGUGCAUACGUACCACUGGCCCUCCUUCUGCAAUCACUGUGGAUCACUGCUCUACGGUCUCAUCCGCCAGGGAAUGAAAUGUGAAAAUUGCAUGAUGAACAUUCACAAACGCUGCGUGGGCAAUGUGCCCAGUCUCUGUGGCAUAGACCACCCGGAGCGGAGGGAGCGAACGGUGUCUUGAUCAAGAACAGCAUGCUGCACGUCUCCGGUCUCGCAUAGUAAUUGAGGACAGAAUGGUAAGUUUCUGCUACUGCCUAGUGGGGGAAUAAAUACAAACCACAGCUGACGAUGGAAGUGAAGCCCCCCCCAAUAGUGUCGCACAUCCACUGACAGACCGGAAGACCCCUGCGGUGCCAGCAGCGUUUUCUUUCCAUCCUAUAUGACAGCAAAAAUCUAUCUGCUACAUUUUAAUCGAUUAAUGUGCAAAAAAACCUGUAAUUUUUACAGUUUAAUUUUUUACAUUUUUCUUAAAUAACAUGUAUGGGAAUACUACACCCUCUGCCAAUUAAUGCUGAUGUUUUAGAUAACGUUGUACCGUUAAGGAAUGAUUGCUUAAAGGAAAGUAGGUCUUACUAUGUAGGUUAUACUACUGCUGUAUAAUGUCUAACUAAUUUCUCUAAGACGAUGCUAAAUAUUAAUGGAAAGGGUUAAGAGUCUAUUUCACUAUUUCAAUGUCUAUCUUGUUCUUGACACAGUACUUUAACAGCCAUUGCUAUUACUGGUUUACUGUCAAUCAGUUAUGAUUUCGGUGUUCAUGUGGAUUUUUUUAAUUCAUACCUCUUACAAUGUAAUGUAUAAUCAGUCACACACUUGUAUCUUGUAAGUUGAAAUACAGCCUGAAAUACAGCCUUAAUUUCAUUAUGA